CAUGCCAUGCCAUUAUCUCCUAAUUGUUUUCUUGCAAAUCAUCAUUAUUUGAAAAGCAUCAUUAUUUGAGUACAAGAUCAAACACAAAUCCCAUUUGUCCACACCGAAAAGACACACACACACACACAACACAACACUACUCACAUUGGAUACUUUGGGAUGAUUUUGAUCCAAGAAAUCCCAAAUCACCCAAUUUACAGACUACUUAUUUAUUGAUCUCAAAACUAAAUCAAUGAAAACAACUCUGAUCUAUCAUCAUUCAUGGCUCUGUUCUCCGCAAUUGUCGCUCUUUCCGUUCUCGUCUUCCUCUACUCCCCCUCUCCUCUCCGGGGACCCUUCCUCUCCCCGCUCCUCCUCCUCCUUUCCAACGCCGCCCUCUUCCUCUGCCUCCGCCGGCUCGCUGCGUCUCGGGUAACCGCCCGGCCCGACAAAAUCGAGCCGGGUCCGCGGGUUAGUUCUGCCGCCCGACCGUCUUCGUCACUCCUAAAUCCGCGCGAUUCUCGCCCGGACCCGAUUCGCGGGGAAGAUCCUUUCGUGGAGUGGGACGUGAGAUCUCCGCUGGCGGCGAUCGACGAGGAGGAAUGCUGCUACGACGACGUUUUGCUCGGAAGAUGUGAUGUGGGUCGGUGCUAUCCGGAAACGGAUUCCGACGGUUAUUCGUCGUCGGACGGGGACUUAUCGGAUACCGGAGAAUGGGAGGGUUCCGGCCGGUGGGAGGAGGAGGAGGAGGAGAGAGAAGGGAUGAUGAUAGAGAUUAAACUGGAGUGGAAGGAGGAAGUAGGGGAAGAGGACAAUUUGAUCGAAAUUGACCUUUCUCCCAAAGCCGUUGGGUUUUGUGAUGAAGAGAUUUCCGAUUAAAUCUCAAUAAAAAAUGGAGUAAUUUUUUUUAUUCAAAUUAGAUAAAGGUUGUAUUAGAUAUACUAAUAAAAGGAUUUAAAAUGAUUUACAGUAAAAGUCAAAACGAGACAAAAUACUCAAAGACGGAGGUAGUUCUAUAGAAUAAUUUAACUUGUACGAG